UUGAGAUUCCCAAUCUAAUCUCAAAAACGUCGAAAGACAAAAUCCCCAGUCAGCCAACGAACCACUUAUGCAUAUCUUUCCACCAUGCCUUCACCACCAGAACCACCACAGCACCGCCACAACCACCUCUCUAACUUCCUCAACUCAACCACCAAAACCCUCUUUUCUAUUCUCUCUCCGCCCAACAUCCUACCUUUAGCACCACCCCAACCCAAAAUUUGCAUAUCUUUCCACCUCCCCAACGCCCCCCUCCCACUCACUCAAUCAACUCUCUCUCUCUUGGAGUCAACUCAGCUUGACUCAUUAUCCCCUUCAAAAUCAUCAUCAGCCUCUGUCAAGGACAUAUCUUCUGCUGAGUCUAAUUCUGGGUUUCCAUCAGCAGUCAGGAUUGGAAGGCUUAAUCCUAAUGGAAAUGGUGGUGGGCCUGCUUUUGUGGGGCAGGUCUUUAGCAUGUGUGAUCUUUCAGGGACUGGUCUCAUGGCUGUUUCUACUCAUUUUGAUGUUCCCUUCAUUUCCAAAAGGACACCAGAGUGGCUUAAGAAGAUAUUUGCAACGGUUACCAAGGGCGAGAGGAAUGGUCCUGUUUUCCGUUUCUUCAUGGAUUUAGGCGAUGCUGUUGCAUAUGUUAAACGGCUGAAUAUUCCAAGUGGUGUGGUGGGCGCUUGUCGUCUUGACUUAGCAUAUGAACACUUCAAGGAGAAACCUCACUUGUUUCAGUUUGUUCCAAAUGAGAAACAGGUCAAGGCAGCCAACCAACUUCUGAAGUCCAUUCCACAUGGUGAUGGGAGCAGGAGGGUUGAUGGAGUUCCUGUUUUCAGUGCUCAAAACUUAGAUAUUGCAAUAGCUACUACAGACGGGAUUAAGUGGUAUACUCCAUACUUCUUUGAUAAAAACAUGCUGGAUAACAUUCUUGAGGAGUCUGUUGAUCAGCAUUUUCAUGCUUUAAUUCAAACACGGCACAUGCAACGCCGACGUGAUGUGAUUGAUGAUAAUGUUGCUGCAGAAGUGAUUGAAGAAAUGGGGGACAGCCUAUUGGAGCCACCAGAGGUUCAGGAAGUGCUAGAUGAGAUGGGGCAUCCUGCAAUACCUUUGAGUGUCAUUUCGAAGGCUGCAGAAAUUCAGCUUCUUUAUGCUGUUGACAAAGUUCUUCUUGGUAAUAGGUGGUUGAGAAAAGCCACUGGCAUUCAGCCAAAAUUUCCGUACUUGGUUGAUUCAUUUGAAAGAAGGAGUGCAUCUUCUUUACGAAGAGCGUUAGAAUCAACCAGCUGUCUUGCCAACAGUAAAAUAGAUGAUAGCACUUCAGAACAUAAAUUAAAAGACAAUGUUCAAACAGAUCAUGAACAGAGAAAAGAUCUGCGGUUGCCAUUUGGAGAUUGGUUUAGUCAUCCAUGGUUGAAAAAACACAGCAAAUCGGAACGGGAAUCAGACACAAGAAAGGAAGGCUUAUCAAAGGAUUGCUUAAAAUGGAAGUCAGAGUCUAAUCCUUUUCUUCCGAAGGUGACGAUGGUUGGUGUCUCAACUGGAGAUGCAGGACAAUUGAGCAAAUCCAGUUUGAAGAAGACUAUGGAGGAUCUGACAAAAGAGCUGGAGCAAACAGAUGAGGCAAAUGACAGUUUUAUUAGCAAUAGUAGUAGUGAGUUCAAAGCUAACGAUAGGGAUCCACUAUUUGUUGCAAAUGUGGGCGAUUACUAUUCAGGCAUGGCAAAGACAGGCAUCUCUCGAUGAGUCCGUGGAGAAAACAACUGAAGUGCCGCCCAAAACAAAAAAAAAAAAGAAGGGGUUCUUUGGCAUGAGUUUUUUUUUUUUGUUUUUUAACCAAAGUGAAAGAUAGAUGUAAAUUGUAAAGUUGAUAGUGCACUGUAUAACAGGUCAUAUGUCGGCUAGCUUCUUACAGAGUCUAUUAUUACUGGUGCAUCUUGUUUUGAAGUCCUAAUGUUGUAAAAAGUUAAUUGUGUAAUUUGAUACAGCAUCUGACAGAUGAGCUGAUUUUGUCACGUGGCUUGAAUUUCGAGACAUCAAAGGUUUUUGUA